UAUACUUAAAAUGGGUAUUAAAUUGAUCUUCUUAGCGUUUUGUAUUGACACAUGCACAACCCCUAUGCCCGGGUUGCCUUGGGCGGCAUCAUGUACUUCCGCGCUUUGUGACACCACUUUCCUAGUUUGAGGGGAAAGUAGCUUACGACUUAAGUGUGCACUUAAAAUGGAGAAGGACGAAGCUGCUUGCAGAUGAGGUUAUCAAGGCUGCAGCGUCCGUUUUCAGACCAGGUUUAGGCGGAGAAGUUGGAUAUACGGACAGGCGAGGAGCUCAAGAUCACCAGGACUCGUGUAUGUAGUGAAGUGGGUUCUUCUAGUUGUUCCACCGGCCGGUGGUCAGCCUGGAGUAUAUAGACUCUAAAAUCUAAAUUAAUCCCUCACAACGUCAGACACUAUGGGCACAGUGUUGUCUGUACGACCCUGACUUUUAGUUUGCAAUCUGCGAAGACAAAUGCAGAAGGUUUGUACAAGAAUCGCACGUUCAGUAAACCCGCGGAGUUGACGACCUUUGUGAUCUGUGCCCCCCUCCCCCUCCUUGAAUUUUCGAACUUCGUUUCAGGCUGAACGAUAAAAAAGGCUAUCAAAUUCUGCGACGAAAAAAUCUCGUAAAGAUAGGAUUCUAUGAAGAAGAAGGGUCUGGCUAAUAUUCUAGGAGAUAAGCGGAGAUCCAUGAUUUUGCCGCACGCGAGCCAGUCCGUUCGUGAGGCCGUAGACAGGCGCGAAUCGCCACGGAGGGAACCCCGCACAACCCCCGCAGCAGCCGACGUCCUUGCUUUCGUAACGCUUCUAUGAUUUUUACCAGCGACGUAGACUGUAGCAGAUCGGCACCUUGGAAGUACAAGGGGAGAAGGACACCCUUGCCGCCCGGAACGGGAGAGGGAUGGAAAUAUGGAGCCCGAACGGCCGCCAGCGCCAAGACUUGCCCGUGCUGCCCCUGGAUAGGAACAUCCCGGAUUACGUCCUGGCCAGGCGCGGCGCCAUCAGUUUCAGCUCAAGCACGGGGGGAUCUACCUUCACCAGCAGUGUACCCGUCUUACAGAGGCGUGGAGGAAUCUCUUUUGACAGGACUGACAAGAAUGCCCUCUACAUACGGAUGUUAGGUGAUGUGCGAACACGCAGCAAGCCUGACCUCGGCAGAGAACGACGGAGGAGCUCUUUUCCUGACAUAGACUACAAAACCUUUGAAGAAUGUGAUGACUCCCCCCGCAGCAACCUCAGGUCUUACACACACCGGUGGAAACGCAGGAGAAGGUGGCUCAACCUCUCCCUGCAGACGGUCUCUCUCCUAGACGAGGCAUACUCAGGGCAAGCAAGGCAUCUGCUGACAACUGUAACCGACUGGGAUUUUGACAUCUUCAUGCUGGAUAAACUCACCAAUGGGAGGUCACUCUUCCACCUGUCCAUCCACCUUUUCCAGCACCACAACCUCAUCCAAACCUUCAACCUCGACAUUGUCAAACUCACCCAGUUCCUCUCCCUCGUGGAGGAGAACUACAACAACAACCCUUACCACAAUGCAUUGCACGCAGCAGACGUCACACAGGCUAUGCACUGCUUCCUUAGGGAACGAAAACUCGGAGCCAGGCUGACGCCGUUGGAAGUCCUGUCAGCUGUGGUAGCGGCCAUCACUCACGACCUGGACCACCCUGGAGUCAACCAGGAGUUUCUGAGAAAGACUGGCAACUACCUGGCAACACUCUACAACAACCACUCUGUCCUGGAACACCACCACUGGAGAGGCUGUGUGGCACUGCUCCGGACUACUGGGCUGCUAAAUCACUUAUCUCUACAAGAAAGGCAAGACUUUGAGUGCCAAAUCCAAUCGCUGAUCUUAGCAACAGACAUCAGUCGACAAAACGAGUUUGUAACGUCAUUUAAGCAAUACUUGGACAAGGGAGACCUGACCCUCCAUCUACCAGCUAGCAGACACUUCACCUUACAGAUUGCGCUGAAAUGUGCCGACGUGAGCAACCCGUGCCGUACGUGGAAGGUGAGCCGGAGGUGGAGCGAGAGGGUUACAGACGAGUUCCACAACCAAGGUGACCAGGAGAGGAAACUGAAGGUUGAUAUAGCCAACUCCUGUGACAGGUACAGGGACACCAUCUCCAGGAUCCAGACAGGUUUCAUCCAGUUCAUAGUGGAGCCCCUGUUUGUCCAGUGGGAGAGGUUCAGCCCCACCCGCCUGGCCCGGCACAUGAUCAACCAUCUCCGGGUCAACAAGCAGAGGUGGAACGGAGCGCUGGCCACCGAACUGGCCGAGGCAGAAGCUGCAGCCGCUGCUGUGGCCUUCGCAGAGAGCCAGCCUGAAGACGUGGAGAUGUCGGGACAGGCCGCCAUGGACCCGCCCGGUUACCGUCAGGCCCCCCCGCCCGGUAACGACCCCCUGCCGACCUCCCCUGGGGUGGAGUCGGAGACCAGUUCCAGCCACAGGACCAACAGUCAGAGCGACGACGACCCGACGACCUUCGCCGAGGUGUCCGGUAGCGGGGACAUCCGCUUCGAGGAGCCGGGACCCUCCAACAACAUUCCAGGCCACUCCGCCAGCCACUCGGGCCAAUGGGAUGGCACCAAACUGUGCAACCACAUUCCCUUUGUCCGGUCUCCGCUGGACACGUACCGCGCCGCCAUGACGAUAAUCUCGCUCCACGACGCCCCGUCCACCGAGGACAUCCUGACGUCGAUACAGCUGGACCGAAGCGACGUCUUCCACUCCAAGUUGAAGUCUCUGAACGGGCCCGUCCUCUCGGCAAUAGUGAAUUCUAGCGGCCCCACUCUAUCUGCCCGGCUGGUGGACGUGGGCAGCCCUCCUGUGGAGGUCCUGAAGGACGGGGGAUGUGCCAGGGUCAACGGAACUGUCGGCUCCGUGUGCUACAAUGGGAGCAGCCGCACUACAGACUUACACUCAGGGCAUAGUGCUUCUCCCACGGCCAGGACAGUCUCCUCACAAGAAUGCUCCAAGCCUGACGACGUCACAGCAAAACUGGAUCCCAAAGCAGACGACAAGCUCCACCACGGCAGCUGUGCAACCUCCCGAAACAACGGUACCCACGACCGGAUCGCCACCUGGCUCCAAAACGCCCCCUUCCCCCCCUCCUGUAACGGUGGGAGCACCCACCCGGGGUGCGUCCAGGGAAAACUCAGCAGAUGGACGGAUAUAUCCGAGGCAGGCUUCGAGGGAAACAUUCCAAAGGCUCACAUAGCGUAUUCAUCCACUAUUAGUCAUGAGCAGCUGAAUUCCACUCUGCCUAUUGGUGCUACCUCCUGCAGGAAAAAUUCAGACGACAGUUGUCGUUCUGAGGACGUCAAAAUGGACACGGACAGUUCCGCAGACGACGAACAAGAGCCAAUACAACAUUGAUGGGGAAAUUUUUUUCAUACCAUACUGACUAAAGGUACAUGUACGCGUGUUGUAUUACUUGUAUAGCAGGACUUGGUCAUUUGUAGUAUGUGGAAACACAGGUACAAGGUAUGUAUAGCAUCAGUACAACGUCAAUACUAUUAGGUCAUUUCCAGUUGUACUAAUUCAUAAUCUACAAGUACAUGGAAGAUGGAAGAGGUGUUAAAAUGGUCAUAUUUGACACCAAAACAUUUUCUAAUCUUGAAAUUCCUUGUGAACUGGAUAUGCCUGGUUUACAGUAAAUUUGCAUUCAAAAAUAAUUCUGGUCAAUGCAACUGACAUUUGCAAAUGCAGUUUCCAGGCACCUAACUAAAGAAAAAUUAAAAAAAGCAUGGUCAUAUUUUACUUAUUGACACUUCCUAUAAAUUGCAAUAACAUUCCAAACCAUCGGAAGUUUGUAACCAUGGGUACAAGUCUAGUCUUUUCAUUCAAAUAUUUUUUCAAACCUUUGCCUACUGACACAUUUGACGUUAUUUUCUUAAACAUCAGUAUUUUGCAAUCAAACAGCAUUUAUACAUUUAAAGAGCGCAAUUUUAAAGCUAACCCAUCAAUGUCUAUAUCUAAAAUGAACAUACUACAUCUAAUCAAUGUUUGUAUCCUUUUUCACUGGUACCUUGGAUAUCAUUACCAUUGUUUUGUGUCAUUGUAUAAGGUCCUGGUUGGAAUAAGUAGUGGGAUAUAAGGCAAUUCAAAGUGCCUCUUAUACAAUUUAGUUUUAAAUAUUGAGUUCUGGUACUUUUUGUAUUCCAUGAAGAGCAGUUACCAAACUGUAAGAUGUGUUAGUUCUAAUGUACAUGACCACCUGUUGGAGUGCAUCUACAGUCAUAUAUUUACCUCAGGGCAUAAUUGUUAUUUGUUUAACGCCCCACCUUCUUUUCCAAGGCUCAACUUAUUUAAAUCAUGCAGUGACACUAUCGAUAAUCAGUCAAUUUUAGUUCUCUACAGGAGUGAUUAUUCCCUUGAAAUUAUGUCAUAAGGCCUAGAAAAACUAAUGUUGUGUUUACGGUUUUCAGUCCUGACAAAAAGUAGGGUUGGUAGGUAGGCAUUUCAAUUUUUUUUCCAAAUUCUAGUUUUCAUGUAAUAGAUUUUGUUUAAAUGAUCUGACAGAUAUUUCACCUGGUUUACUGAAAAAUAUUGCUUCUGAAAAUUCGUGAAAUGACGUUUGAGAAAUUUACAGGGUUCCAUAUUGAACUUAAGAUGUCAGAUCAAAAAUUUUGUAGCCUAAUACAAGCAGCAAAAAAGGCAGGUUUUUAUAGGGCUGGUCAGAAAUAUAGAAACACAACACUUUUUUUUUCUACGCCUAGUAACAGUCUGUGGCCCUCAAGUCAACAUCAUGGUCUGUAGUCAGUUAUAUAUAUAUACAAAAUAUGCAGUGUUACUUUCUCUUAAGGCCUUAGACAAAGAAGAAUUUUCUUUCAGGAAGGUUUAGAUGAAGGAAACUUGAGAGCACUCAGGAAAGCCCCUCACAAAUGAGUGGGGGCAGCUGUAAUGCUACCAUGAUCAGAUAUGGGGAAAGAGAUGCUCUUAAAAGCCCGUCACACAUUCACUAAUUCUCCGAACACUAGCCGAACUCCACGUGGAAGUGAGCAGAAAGCUAGCAGUGUCAUAUUGCAAUGCAAGCAAAUUAUUUUCUUUCCCCCUCCGGGUCACAGAGAAUGUAAGAAGCAAGUCUACAUGUAUAUGGCCUCGUCUUAUUAUAAGUGCAGGGAUGACACUGAGGUCUUGAAUAAGAUUUCUUCCAUCUGCCCCUGUCACACAAUCAUGAAUACUAAGUCUUCCUCCCGAACACCAGCCGAACUCCCCCCAACCAUGGUUAGGAGUAGGUCAGGAGCAAGGUCGUCUGGUGUUUGACCAGGUUAGCGCCAGCCAAAUGUUUCAAAAUGUUUAAAACAUUUUGGUCAGGAAGUUUGGCCAUGGCUGAUUUUUGGCUGUAAGUCAGCAGAACACCAGACAAAAUUUGGGAGUAAGUCAGCAGUUUACGGGAUGUGUUUGGGGGUCAAAUAUGACUCAAAUGUAACUCAAAUACCUUUUGAUUUGUGUAGAAAGGUAGGCGUGGUCUACAUCUGGUCAGACUGCUCCCGAAGAUCAGCCGAACGUGGUUGGCUGGUUUUCGGGGGCAAGAUCCUGAAUGUGUGACGGGGGCUUGCAAUAUCAGGCCAGAACAGAGGUCUGUUCCCUAGACAUUAACACAACAUGCUCUACCAAAAAUGACAGGAAAUAUUCCUCUUUAUUUAUUAUUAUUAUUAUUUUUUGAGUAUGAUAUGUUUUCUACAAUGCAUACUUCAUUACAUUCCAAAGUGCGGUAACUGGUUGUGUGUAGCACGACCAGACCAGCAGCAACUUAUGUGGUAAUGUGGAUGGUUGUUGACUUGAGUGUGUAUAAUGCAGCUAAUGUAGCUUCAGUGAAGAUAGACUUAGAGGUCAAGCGAGACAGAAAAUACUGUACACAGGUAGAUGUCUCUUGCUGUGCAGUAUCAUUUAUGAAUCAUAGACAUGUAUAAGAAACUCCUGUAGACACAGUAUGCCUCGCUUUAUCAGUAAGUAACCUUUUGGUAUCAUCUUUUGAAAUGUCCACUUUUAAUUAGAAGAAAGCGUGUAGAAUCUUUCCUCUGUAGAUGUACAAUGUAGUAGUUGUAGCAGGGAUAUGAGGUCCUGGAAAAAGAUUGAGAUGGAAAGAUUGUGGUGUUCUUGGUACAGUAUGAACAGACCGUGCGCUUGUUUUGGUUUGUCUUGCAAAUGUGACAACAGUGUGUUUUGUUCUUGCUGUUGUUGUUGUCGUCUCACGAGAAUUGCUCGUGAGUUGCUUGUGUACGUUGUAGAUUUCGUGAUGAGUAGAUCAUGAAUGUCAGACGACUCGGAUCAUUUACCAACUUGGCCCAGUCAACUCGGCUCAA